UUUCAACUUUGGUGAGCAGCUGGUCACACUGGAAGAUCUCGGGAUGGAUUUGAAGUUUGUGGACGGUUUUCAGGCCGGAACAAUGAUAUACAUGUUGUUAAAUAUCAACAAUUCCAAUCCCGAGCUGGUACAGAUGUCAGUGAACAAUGAGCAAACUCGUGGGAUAGUGCAAUCCUUUUAUCAGGUCUCUCUGACCGUCAAGAAGCUGCAGCUCAGACUGCUGUCCAGCGCCCUGAUCUCACUCCCGGGCCAGCUGUCCUAUCUGGCCACAGUGUUCUUACACAUAGACAAAGAUACUCCGAGAGAGUUUGACAGCACCCUUCUCUACAUCUACAACCUGAACAGCCUCAAGGGUAAAAGCCCCAUGAAAAAUUCCUAUUUCAAAAUCGCAGGAACUGAAGUCCGAAGCUCAGAACCCUUACAACCAAAUGAGGAGACAGCAGUUUUUGUUCAUCCUGAGAUGGUGUCCAUAUCAGCCAUAAAUGUGCGAAACUGGACAGUUUUCAUUCUCGGCACGGCAAACGGACAGUUAAUCAAGUUGGUGAUGGACAACAAUAUGAAGGUGAAAUCCCGAAUGAUUCUUUUUGAAACAAAGGAGGAAACCCCAUUACAUCGUAAAGUAUUGUUUGAACCCAAAACGGAUCCAAACUAUUUGUACCUGAUGACUGACAAAGAGGUGAUUCGGUUGAAGGUGGCUGAUUGUGCCCGUUACCGUUCCUGCCAGGAUUGUGUAUCUGCACAAGACCCCUCCUGUGGCUGGUGUAAUCUCCACAGCAGGUGCUCUUUUGAAAGUGAAUGCGAAAAUGUGGUGAAAUCAGGGAAUUGGAUUAGCAUCUCCGAAGGGAAAGACAGCUGUCUAAUGAUAAACAUUAAACCUUCAACAAUAGAUUAUUCAUUCAACAAUAUGAAGCUGUUUACAGUAACUGUACAAGGAAAGGUCCCUGAUGCAGCUACAACUGGAGGAGAGGCUACUUGUACAUUGUCCAGAAACAAAGGAUUAUUAUGUCAAAGUCGUUAUGUCAAUGGAUGUUCCUGCAAUGUGACCACAAAUCAAUACAGUCAGCUGGAAAAUCAGCAAGACCCGAUUAUUGUGGAGGCAUUGAUUCAAUUUAGCCACUUCAAUCUCUCCAAGCAGGUCACUCUGCGUAACUGUUAUAACAUCAAAACAGCUCAACACAAUACUCCAUGCUCUGAGUGCAGCGACGUUGGAUGCCAUUGGUUAGCAGCCAAACAUCAGUGUACAGUCAAUGCAUUGCAGAAUCCUGACCAGCAGUUUUGUCCCCAGGUUGAAAAAGAAUCCUAUUCACCAGAAGGGACAGAGCUUGAUGUUUUACUGAGCCAUUCGGCAUUGCUAAAGGACGCUAAUAUCAGCCUGAGCUGUAAAUUUGAUGAAACAUUAAGUGCUGGGAAAUGGAUUAACAAUUCUGCCAUCCGCUGUAACAUACCUACGUUUCAGGAGCAACGCAAGAUCGUUUCUGUGAAUGUCGUUCACACCAAUCACGCCAGCAAUUUUAUUGAUAAUCCGAAAAACAUCACAGUUCACAGUUGCAAAUCACAGAAUGAAAGUUGCAUUUUCUGCCCCUCGGGAAAGCAAUGUGAGGUAUCUGUUAUUGACUCUAUCACUCCAGACCGGGUGUCCAUCCUGGAGACGAGGACAUUGAAGAUCUCUGGGGCUAACUUAGAUGUCGGAGCUAUGGCUAUGCUUCACAUAGAGGACAUGAGUGAUGGUACAAAGUUUACAGUGAACGACUGUACUAUUGAGAGCAGCAAAUUAGUCACGUGUGAGUUACCGAUCACCACAAAGGGAUUGAAGAAAGUGUGCUUAUUGUAUGACGCUGAACAGUAUGGAAACUCGUGCACAAGUAAUAGGACAUCGAUUCUCACAUACAUCAGUGAUGUCUUGAUUACACAGAUUUAUCCAACAGUGUCCUGGGCCAGCGGUGGCCGCAAUAUCACAGUGACCGGCCGCAAUUUAGAUGUGAUAGAUAAACUGCACAUGCAGACAAAGGAAUUGAAGAUAACAAAUGAUUGCUUACGUUAUAAUAAUUCAGCCUGGAUUUGCAAAUCAGUACCAAACAGAAUGAAUCUGUGCACUGUAUCUUUUCUAAUUGGUAAUCAUUCCAUCAAGGAGUUUAACUUAAGUUACUACGCUGACCCUACGUUUUAUAAAUUUACAGAAAUCCACGAUACAGAACUUGUAAUUAUGGUAAAGAAAUCAAAAGAUAAUUUAAAUCUUCAACCUGAAGAAAUAGUGAUGCACAUCCUGGACAGGGAGGGUAGAAGGUUUCCAUGUAAUAUUACAGAGAUUUCAGAAGAUAAGAUCAAGUGUUCAUCCAAACAAUUUAAGAUUUCAGUGCACCACAUAAAAGUAAGUAGAAAAUGGCCCAGUUCUGAUGGAGAAACAUUCUAUUCACACAUGUAUUGCACCAGGAUCAAUGAGGUGAACAUCGGAGAGUUUAACUUCUUACUGAAAAACAAAAGUUCAAAUAAUAUCUUUUUCAUGCUGAUUGCGAUUCCCGUUAUGCUGGUGAUAUUCAUUGGCAUUUACUGCUGGGCUUCCAGUCGCAAACAAAAACAGUUCUCAAAGACAUUGGAUACUCAGAUUGAACUGCUGGAGAGUCAAUAUCGAAAUAAGAUGCGAGAAGGUUUUGUGGAACUCCAGACAGAAGGCUCGGACGUACAUCUGAUAGAAAAUUCCGGAACUAUCCCCUUUCUGGAUUACAAGCAUUUUGCUUUAAGGACAUAUUUUCCUUCUGAGAGUGGACUUGAAUCAAAUACACAGAUUGCUGUCAAGGACCUCAUUGUUACGGCCCCGCUAUCGUCUACUAAUCACAGUCAGAAUGAGGGAUUCAGGGCACUGUCUGACUUCCUACGCAACAAACAGCUUCUGGUGAUAUUAAUCCACACUCUCGAACAACAGAAAAGCUUCUCAAUAAAAGACCGCUGCAGCUUUGCAUCUUUCCUGAGCAUUGCGCUUCACAGUGAGCUGAUCUAUCUGACAGCUGUGCUCGAGCAUCUCCUCACAGACCUGAUGGACCAGGCGGGAGCUCAGCCAAAGCUCUUGUUGCGUCGUACAGAGACGGUGGUGGAGAAGCUGCUGACAAACUGGGUGUCCAUCUGUAUGUACGGGUAUCUGAGGGAAACUGUUGGGGAAUCAUUGUUUUCACUGGUGUCUGCGAUAAAGCAGAGGAUUAAUCAAGGACCAGUGGACGCAGUCACUGGGAAAGCUCUGUACACCCUCAAUGAAGAUUGGUUGCUGUGGCAGGUGUCAGAAUUUAACACAGUGAAACUCAAUGUAUUUAAUCUGAUCACCACUGACGCAGGUGACUGUGAUCUAGAUGACAACCCACCUCUCUCAGUUGAGGUUCUGGAUUGCGACACGAUAGGCCAAACAAAGGAGAAGAUUUUUGAUGCAUUUAUGAACAAAUACGGCCACUCGCAGAAAUUUCAUACAAAGGACAUUGACCUGCAACUGGAUAAGAAUGAAACACACCGGAUACUGAGAGAUAUUGAUGAGUCAUCACAUGUUCUUGAAAAUGGUUUGAAGAAAUUAAACACCAUUGGCCAUUAUAAGAUUUCAGACACGGCUAACGUGACUGUCAUCAAAUGUGCCGGUUGUACAACAGCAGAUUCUGAAGAUAUAGAUAACCAUGUCCAUCUGAUUUCUCAAGAAUACAACUUCACAGAAACCUCUAAACAAGAUCAAGGCAAAGAGAAGUUCAAGGUCAAAGAGAUGUACCUAACAAAGCUGCUGUCGUCUAAGGUUGCACUUCACUCUUUUGUUGAGAGAUUUCUUAAAAGCAUUUGGACGUUACCAAACAACAAGCCUCCCGUGGCCAUAAAGUUCCUCUUUGACUUCCUACAUACACAGGCCCAGAACAAGAAGAUAACUGACCCUGAUGUCUUACACAUAUGGAAGACUAACAGCCUUCCUCUGCGGUUCUGGGUGAACAUCAUUAAAAACCCCCAGUUUGUGUUCGACAUGGAAAAGACCCCACAUUUAGACAGCUGUCUGUCUGUCAUUGCACAGGCAUUCAUGGAUUCCUUUUCGUUAUCAUCACAGAAGCUCGGGAAGCACUCUCCAACAAACAAAGUCUUGUAUGCCAGAGACAUCCCACACUACAAGGAUGAAGUGAAAAUCUACUUCAAGCAAAUUGCUGAGGCCCCAGCACUGUCCAGAGAGGAGCUGGAGAACUUUCUGACUGAGGAAUCGAGGAAACAUGAAAAUGAAUUUAAAGAACAUGCUGCAAUGGAAGAAAUUGGGAAAUACAUCAAGAGGUAUCUCGGUCAGUUGCAAAGUAAACUGGAAAAUGAAGGUGUUCAGGUAGAAAAAGAACUUUCAAAAAUAAUGCAGUAUUAUGAAGCAAAAUCCAUGUGUGGAUGGGAAUAAACCUUUAUUUUUGCACAGAAACAACUAAACAAAUAACUUUUGUAAAUGUCUAACACUUAUUGAUUAUUUUGUAAAGUUCUCUCUGAAUGUUGUUAUAAUAGAUUGAAAGCUAUCCCAAGCACAAUUAUCUUCCUCUAGAUUACCUGCUAUAAUUUUUAUCCAGGAAUGUCCCUUGAUCUUUACGUUGAAAAUAGUUUUACAUAUUAAAUCGUAUGAUUGCCUUUGCUACUUUUUCAGGUGUAACAAGUUACCGGAUGUUUCUCCUGUAGUGUCUUGUUGUCGCAUCUGCUUAACCCUAGAUCAAGUGAAUCUGCCAAUCAAGUCUGUAUUAGCUUAAUUAGAUUGUGGCAACGCUUUAUAGGAACGUAGAACAGGGUAAUAAUUAUAAUGUAAAAAGGCCUUUGAGGUUUGUGUAAAAUAAUUCACAUUACAGCUCUAAACAAAUAGGAACAGGAGUAGGCCCUUCAGCCCCUCAAGCCUGUUCUAUCAUUCUAUAGGAUCGUGGCUGAUCUGUACCUCAACUCUAAUUGCCCGCCUUUGCCCCAUAUCCCGUGAUACCCUGACCUGACAAACAUCUGCACCUCAGUCUGGACAAUUUGAACGGAUCCAGCCUUUUGGAUUUUUGAAUGUAUAUAUUUGUAAAUCAAUUUUUUUUAAGUCAUUCUCCAUUUCUCUUAAAAGCUUGACCUCCCUCGAGUGUCCAGCUCUCUCUGAAACACUUCGGAAAUGUUUCACUAACAGCAGCACGAUUUAAUUUUUAACCGAGUUAGGUUUAACUUUACAAUUCUCUCCCCUCGUUCGGUAAAGUUUCACUUUCAUUUUCUUUGAAAGGUGAACACUGGUUACAUAAAUUGAGACAUGGUUUAUUAAUAUUCCUAAUUACGAAUGUAUACAUACACUCAGCAUUAAAACACCCCAAGUUUUGUGUCUUUCUCCGAGGAUAUUAAUUCACCUCCUAUCAAUUCACCGCAAACUUGUAAUACAAUGAAGCUAUAUGCAGUCCUGUGGCUUAGUGGUUAGAGCACUUACCUCGCAA